AUGCGUGGAAAACAUCGAAGAGUCACGGCGCACACACGACCCGCAGCUUCUGAUGGGCAACUGCGGCCAGAGGUCGAGGCAGUGACUCAGGAUGAAGAAGUUCCUGCCGGGUCUGGAAUAGAUCGUAUCAACCCAGGGAGUGGAACAUCGGUUGUAGCCUUCGAGGACGAAGACGAGAUCUUCCUAGGCGAAUCCAACGCCUUGCGAUACGUGCAGAACGCCUCAAAUCCAUCCUCAGGAAGACAUGGAAGGCACCGUGUCGAUGCAGAGCCGAGCCAUCAAUGGAGUUGUGGACCUGUUAAUUGCGAAGCUGCUCUCAAAUUUCCCAGUCGACAUCUGCAGGAAGCACUCCUCACAGCCUAUUUUCGAUGGUUUCAUUACAGCUUCCCCAUCGUCGAUGAGCCUGACAUAUGGAAGAGAUGGCAGACCAACGCCAUACCGGCCUUACUCCUCCAAUCACUCCUCUUCAUCGGUGCCACGCAUUGCGAGGACUCCGUGCUCGAAAAACUUGGGCACAAGUCUCGACAGGAAGCCAAGCACGCGUUCUUCUCUAGAGUAAAGACUCUUUACGACAACGACUUCGAGUCCUCAAAGCUGGUCAUCGGACAGUCUUUGUUCUUGAUGAGCUUCUGGCGAGGCGAUCCGUUGGCGGAGAAGGAUUCGAGGCAUUGGAUAGGGGCUGCGAUUGCAUUGCUGCAGAAGAUGGGCUUCCAUCGAACGGGUCAUGCGCAAGGAGUUCGAAAGCGGCUCUGGUGGGCGGUCUACAUUCGUGAAAGACAGAAUGCGGCUACAUUAGGUCUACCCAAUCGCAUCCGCGAUGAGGACUGCGAUGUCGAGAGCCUGCGGAGGGAGGAUUUUGCCCUAGCCUUCAUGCCCACAUUCGCGGCGGAAAACGUCGACGUUGUCAUCAACUUCAACAUGGGCAUGGCGAGAAUGGCAACCUUGCUCGGCGAGGUACUGCAGACAUGCUACCCUCCCAGCAGGACGGUCGACGCAAGUGAGCACCCAGACCUGCAUGCAAAGCUGCUGCGAUGGCGAGCAGAUCAUCUGGGCACCAUGCCCAUCAGCGUCGCCGACGGCGCAGCCUGUAGAAACUUCUACGUCAACAUGCUGCUGAUGGCAUACCACAACCUGAGAAUCCUGAUGUUCCAAUCCGAUCGACCUGAGCUUCGAAAUGAACAGAACGGUGGGAUGUGUAGCAGCCACGUUGUGGACGCAUCGACGGCGAUCUGUCGGAUCGUAGAAGAUAUGCUGUCGUCCAAGGAUAUUGGCCAUUGUCAAAUCCAUGUCAUCACCAACAUCUUCAACACUCUUUGCAUCCAAACGCUGGGACUUCGAACCUGGACGGGCGAGAGAAGGACCUUGGCAGUAUACAGGGCCAAAAUCUGCCUGCUUGGACUCCGUGAACUGCAGAAAACUUGGGAUGUGACGAACUGGGUGCUACGGUUGUACUUCAGGUAUCUUGAUGACGGUACGGCUGCUCGAUUGGCUAUGGAAGGAGCUGAAGAGGACCUACCGCCAUCGACUCGCCAGUCCCAGGAGCAGCACCAUCAUGAGCAAUCAGUCCAACAACCAGAGCCUUUGUUGUCCAGCGCAACGCAACAGUAUGAUAACGGUCAAGCCAUGGAGUUCAUGCCCAACAUGCCUUUCCCUAUGCCCAAUGGGCCUGAUGCUUCACUCCUGGCUGAGCUAGGUGAUGGCUUCGUCUUCAAUGGAAACGGUAUUUUAGAAGACCAUGUUUGGCAUCCAGAUCUCUUCGCAGGAGUAGGAGUAGUAUAG